AUGGGAGAAAGCAGCACAGGGAACCAAAGACGGAUCUAUGUCGUCAACAGCGCUCAGGCUCAGGCUGGCGACGUCGUAACCGGUACAUUUCCUAUAAACUCGGUGCUUGGUUCAGUAUUAUUUGAUACGGUAGCUACCAAUUCCUUUAUAUCAUCUACAUUUGCGGAUAGAUUGAAGUUAUGGCCUACUAGUAAGUUAGACUUAAAUGUGAGAACUGCCUCGGGGAUAGUGAUAGCCUGUAAGGAUGGAUAUGACAACAUUUCGAUAGAGAUUGCGGGAUUCAAUUGUCCCGGAAAUCUUAUUCGUUUUGAGUUAGAGGGCAUCGAUGUGGUACUCGGGAUGGACUGGUUGGAUAUGUAUAAGGCUCAAAUUGUUUGUAAUGAGCGAAAGGGGUGUGAAGUGUACCUCUGCUUGGUGCAAGACGCUGAGAUAGAAGAACCGGAGAUCAAUCAAAUCCCAGUAGUGCGGGAAUUUCCCGACGUGUUUCUAGAGGAUCUCACGGAAAUGCCCCCGGAGAGGGAAGUGGAAUUCACUAUUGAUCUCGUACCAGGAACCGCGCCAAUCUCAAAAGCGCCUUAUCGAAUGGCACCAAAAGAGAUGGAAGAACUGAAGGCUCAAUUGGCAGAGUUAUUGGAAAAAUGA